GUGUUUUCAGUUGACGUCACCAAACAAGGCUUUUGGCAGACUACGGUUUCAAGUCUCAGAAAUCGGUUGUAGGUUUGUAAUACAAGCAACCGCAGGGAUUCCCUGCAACCCUUUUUUUUUUCUCAUUUCGAAAGUGACGGGUACAGCAUUGCCAACCAAACCAGACAUCACGACAGUCAUUGUUAAGAGGCUAUAUUUCCGGAUGGGAAAGAGCAAAGUCCAUUGUCAGACAGUCUUCCAUUUCAUACUCCAUGUCCUCGAAUAACCCUGGCACGCUGUUGCCUACUUAGUAGCAACCCUUGAUCUUCUGAAGUUACCAUUACAUUUUUCUGUCAGCUUACUACAUUGAGUACAGGGGAAUUGAAACAAGUGAGCUGGCAGCACAGCUGAUGUCACUAUGCCAUCACCUGUGGAGGUCAUUGUGGUUGGAGCUGGCAGCCGUGGGGAGACAUACUCAAAUUAUGCCUGCAUUCAUCCCCUUCGCAUGCGGGUAGUUAGUGUGGCAGAUCCAAGGCUGUUUGCCCGACGUAAAAUGCAGGAAAAACAUCAAAUACUUGAUGAAAAUGUAUUUGAUGAUUGGAAAUCCAUAGUAAAGAGGGACAAGUUUGCAGAUGCCAUAUUUAUCUGUACCCCUGACCGACUUCAUAAGGAUCCUGCAGUUGCACUGGCCAAAAAGGGCUAUCAUAUCCUUUUGGAGAAACCCAUGGCUGUGACAGAAAAGGACUGUACGGAAAUUGUGGAAGCUUGCAUUGACAGUGGCGUAAUGCUCACAGUAUGCCAUGUGCUCCGAUAUGACCCUCUUAUCCACAAAAUAAAGGUGCUAAUAGACAGUGGAGUCAUUGGGGAUGUGACCCAUAUACAACAUCUGGAACCGGUGGGCUUCUACCAUUUUGCUCAUUCCUUUGUCAGAGGGAACUGGAGAAAUGAAGAGCAGAGCUCCUUUGCCCUUCUGGCCAAAAGCUGCCAUGACUUGGACCUCAUCCAUCACUGGGCCAGUGGUCGCAAGUGUGUAAAAGUUUCAUCGUUUGGGUCUCUGAGCCACUUCCGCAAAGAAAACAAGCCAGCAGGAGCUGCAGAUCACUGCUUAGACUGUCCUGUAGAGGCAACCUGUCCAUACUCAGCUCGCAAAAUCUAUCUUGAUGCGGUGAAAAAGGGAUGUGUGGGCUGGCCUGUGUCAGUCAUCUGCUCCAACUCCCUUCCUGACAUUGAGUCGGUGACAGAGGCCCUGCGCACUGGACCUUACGGUCGGUGUGUGUACGAGUGUGACAAUGAUGUCUGUUCCAAUCAGGUUGUAAACAUGGAGUUUGAAGGAGGGCUCACUGCUGCUUUUACCAUGGUGGCUUUCACAGAGGAGAUCUGUAAGCGCAAAACAACUAUUUAUGGAAGCAGGGGGGAGCUCAACUACAAUGGCCAUGAUAUCCACGUGUUUGACUUCCUCACACAGAGGUCCACUAAGCAUUCGGUGGACUCGGAAGCCCCUGGGAGCUUUGCUAUGGCAGGCCACGGAGGAGCCGAUUAUCACCUAGUGGAUGCUUUCAUCUCAGCAGUGGCAAGUGAGGAUCCCUCCCUCAUCUGCUCUGGUCCAAGAGAGAGCCUGGCGAGCCACAGGCUGGUGUUUGAGGCUGAGCGCUCGCGACUGGAGAACAGGGUAGUGUUCUGUGCUACUGAACAGGAUUCAGAGACCCAUAAGUGAUUAAAGUAGUUAUGAACAGGAAGGAUGUGUUUUGAGGAGGGUUUCAAGACAGUCUAGGCCUAGGGUAUAGUGAUGGGAAUGUGAAAAAAAUCAGUUUUUUUAAAUAUGUGAUUCAAUGCUGAUUGUAACGUAUUAAUAUUGAUAGCAAAGACAUUUGACUGAUUAUGCUUGUAACCAGUAAAACUGAAAACAUUGCUGACUGUUGAAAAGAAACAAAGUUGCACAAAUAUAUCUUUUCUUCUUUUUGUUUUUUAAAUACUGCAUACCUCACUCAGUGAUUUCUGCAACCCACUUUUGAAAUAAAUACUUUGCACUAAAUGAUUAUGUGAGAUGUACUAUAAAUGAACAUUAAACUAGCUGUUUAUGUCAUCUGAUUAAUGAUGUGAAUCAUCAAAACUUGUUAAUACAACUUGUGUGAUAAUGUAACACAUUUACAAAAAAGCAAGGCUUGCUCCCAAUAAAAAAAAUUCUAUAAA